AUGAAACGUAAACUCGACAACAACGAUGCUCCGACCGUCGAGGUACGCGGAAGCCCAGAGGCUGGCGACUCUGGGUCAUCCUUUGAUACUUUCGGCCUCGAUGCUCGACUGAUGCAAGCCGUCGCCAAAUCCCAAUUCUCGACGCCGACGCCUGUUCAAGCUAAAGUAAUUCCUCUUGCCCUCGAAGGCAAAGAUAUACUGGCCAAAUCCAAGACUGGUUCCGGUAAAACGGCUGCCUACGUCCUCCCAGUCCUCCAAACCCUCCUUCGGCGCAAGAGAACCGCACCCCAAAAGACUAUUUCUACCCUCGUUCUAGUCCCAACAAGAGAACUCGCAGACCAGGUCCACAGGACUUUCAGCACGUUUUCGGCCUUUUGUGCAAAAGAGAUCAAGUCUUUGAACUUGACACAGCGAGUCUCCGAUGCUGUCCUUCACGCAGUCCUGCAGGAUUCUCCAGACAUCAUUGUCUCCACGCCGAGCAGGGUCAUGCAGUGCUUGAACGCAGGCCAGUUGUCACUGGACAACAUCAGCCAACUCGUCAUCGAUGAGGCAGAUAUUGUACUUUCCUACGGUUACGAAGACGACAUGGCUGCCAUCUCUGCGGCGAUACCUCGUGACGUACAGACGUUCCUUAUCAGCGCAACACUAACGCCCGAAGUUGACGAGCUCAAGUCCAUGUUCUGUCGCGACGCCGUUGUGGUCAAGAUUGACGAAAAGGAAGAAAAGGGGGAAGGAGUGACACAAUACGUAGUGCGGUGCGGCGAGGACGAGAAAUUCCUACUCAUAUUUGUCGUUUUCAAGCUCCGCUUGGUUCAGGGGAAGAGUCUCAUCUUUGUCGCCGACGUGGACAGGGCUUACAGGCUGAAGCUCUACCUUGAGCAAUUCGGGAUCAAAUCAUGUGUUCUCAACGCCGAAUUGCCCGUCAACUCUCGACUCCAUGUGGUUCAAGAGUUCAAUAAAGGACUAUACGAUAUCCUCAUUGCAGCAGACGACCAAGAAGUUCUCGGAGGUGUCGUCAAAGGACGACGUUCCAGCAAUUCAGAAGAAGGCCAGGAGAAUGAAAUCAGCGAUGAAGAAGACGAUGACGAGAACGACGAGGUCAACAUCGAAGGCGAAGGCGAAGACAAACCAACUUCUUCCCGACCGACCAAGAAAGUCAAAGUGUCAAAUUCUCAAAAAGACUACGGCGUUUCACGAGGUAUCGACUUCCAAAACGUCGCGUGCGUCAUCAACUUUGACCUCCCGCGCACCUCCAAGUCCUACACGCACCGCAUCGGCCGAACCGCGCGCGCCGGCAAAGCAGGCAUGGCUCUCUCCUUCGCCGUCCCCUCCGACCUAUACGGAAAACACAAGUCCACGAGCAUCCCAUCCGCGAAGCACGACGAACGAGUGCUCGCGAAGAUUACGGCGCGCCAAGCGAAAAAGGGCAACGCCGUGCAGCCGUACAACUUCGACAUGGCCCAGGUCGACGCGUUUCGGUACCGCAUGAAUGAUGCCCUACGCGCCGUCACCCGCGCUGCCGUCCACGAGGCCCGCGCGCGCGAGAUCAAGCAGGAGCUGAUCAAGAGCGAGAAACUCCGCAAGCAUUUCGAAGAGAACCCUGACGACCUCCGUCACCUGCGACACGACGGCGAACACGGCGCCGUGGUCCGCCAGCAGUCCCACCUCAAGCAUGUCCCGGAUUACCUCAUGCCUGCGCAGGGCCGCAAGGGCCUGAGUGCCGACGACGUCGGGUUCGUCGGGUUGAACAAGCACAACAAGCACGACGCUAACAGCCGGAACAAGAGAGGCGGCAAGAGCAAGACUCGAAGAGGUGUGCGCGGCGGGAGGAAUAAGAACUCAAAGCACGAUCCUUUGAAGUCGUUUAGUUCGAAAAAGAAGCAUUGA